GACUACAGAAGGAAAGUAAUUGGUAGCGAAUGAUUUUUUCACAAAUCGACAGCGAGGAAAACAAUGGUUUAAUUGUCUUCUUUUAGAAAAGGCCCAAACAAUGACAACAUAUAAUUUGCAGUUUUUGUAAUUUCACGCUUUGCUGCAAUAUUUCCUUUCAUUGGAAAGAGCAAUGCCGGACUUCAACACAAGAUUUUACAAGAGAGAGAAAUAUUAACAGUACACGAUACGUGGAUAUGGACAACUUAUCGGAGGAACAAAUUGCAGAAAUGAGAGAAAUCUUCAGUCUCUUUGACAAGGACUGUGAUGGUUACAUUGACGUCAGAGAACUGGGAAAGGUUUUGAGAUCUAUGGGAAUGAAUCCCACGGAAAUGGAAAUAGAAGACCUUAUCAACCAGUACAGGGAUAUAGACGAAAACACGACUCAAGACGACCUUGAAGAUGGGAAACUAAACUUCUCAGAAGUCAUGAAAAUUUUAGCAAUCAAAUCCAAGGAGCCCCCGGAGACGGAGGAGUAUCUACGCGAGGCGUUCCGAGCGUUUGAUAAGGACGGGAGUGGGAACAUUACGAUGAUAGAACUCAGACAAAUUAUGACUAAUCAUGGAGAAAAACUUACAGAUGAAGAAGUAGCAGAAAUGAUUCAAGAAGCAGAUGAUGGCAAGGGAGAGGUUCAUUAUGAAGUGCAGUGGAGCACAGUCGCUUUAACAAUGAGACCUGGGUUCAUUUCUCGCAAUCGGCGGUUGUUGAAUGUGAGAGGGUAUGAUGCGUCCAAGGACUCCGUCUCCUCCCACUCAAAAGAUCCCGUGUCAACCUCUGUACAAAUCAAAUAAGAUAUGGAGCUUUAAUGUUUUACCCUGACAUUAAUCAUUUUAAGUCAAAUAAAAAUGCAUGCAUAAGUUUGUUUUGUUGGGUGGGGUUCUACAACUGGAUGUUUUAUAAAAGCAUGUUCAUCAUACUCUUCUAAUCUACGCUUGGAAGAAUUUAAAAAUGAAAGUAUUUUCUCGAUGUUAUAUUUAAAAAUGUAUUUCUCUUCACAAAGCAUAGUUUCCCUGCUUUUUAAAAUCACUUUUGAUUUAUAUUUCAGAUUUUGUAAAGUUGAUCCUCAGCAAGUAAAGAGCAGUCAAUGGGAUUUUUGUCUUUACUUCAAAGUUUGUUUGGUGACAAUGUGAUCGCUAGAUGUAAUAUGUCUGUGAUAUUAUGUGGAAUACAGUUUUACUUGUCAGGCUCUGUGGCGAAGUACAUCAUUCGGGAAGGAUUGCAUGAAAUGGAGUUCUUGUAUAUUCACCUGAUUAUUCCGACAGUUUGACCAGAAUAACACGUCGUUCUUUAUUACUACGAGGGUAGUUCAAAACGAGUGUAAUCUUGUUCCUCAAUGUUAUUAUCAAUAAAACAAACAAAUGUUAAUACACAUGCUGAUCAAGAUAUAGGGCUCAUGGCGGGUGUGACUGGUCGACAGGGAAUGUUUACUCCUCCUAGGCACCUGAUCCCACCUGUGGUAUAUCCAGGGGUCCGUGUUUGCACAACUCUCUGUUUUGUAUUGCCUAUACUUAUGAGAUUGAUCACUGUUCGUUAUCUUCACCUUUCAUGCUAACCACAAUUUAGUAAUACACUGUAUAAGUAGCAUAAAUAUUUCUUUAUGUAGUCGUUACUGCAGUACACACACCUCUCGGAUCCUCUUAGUCACAUGCCAAGUACACCAGAAUACUGUUUUGUCUAUUUUAGAUAUACCAUACAUUAAUGCAAGUUUACUUAGAAACACGAUUUCUCGAGCCCAAUAAAUGAUGUACAGUUCUAUUUGGAUUGUAGGGCGUUUGUCUCCGACACGAUGUCGUGCAUGUUUAUCCGACAUUGUUAGCAUCUAUAAGGUUCCCAUUGGUUUGAGUUGUUUUUUCAAUGUAACUUAUACCCGUACAACCUUUCGAAAAUCAUCCAUACUGGUCCAAGUAUAAAGUUUCCUGUUUUUGUAGGCAUCUUCCUCAGAUUCACAAUUAUGGAGGUACUCUGCAUCGUCAUAAUGGCUGACUUCCUUUUAAAACAGAUGAAAAUAUAAAUAUCAGAAAUAUUUGUCUAUUCAUUUCAAAUAUCUUUUCCUAACUGAGUAGGUUAGCACGUCGACUGCUGAAUUGUAGGUCGUGGGUUCGAGUCCAGUAGGGGUUUUAAUUUUUCUCAGAUUUCUUUCUACUAAAACUGCAUUUUUUGAUUAAAUAAAGUAAAUUUGAGUUUUCAAUUUCAAAAUAUUGUUGCACAUAUCCUCCACUUUUCAUUCAUAUCAGAUUCCUCUGGUGUAGCAUACCUCCUUAAAAAACAUUAUGAUUGAUAGCGAAUCAUUUUUUGAUUAAUCUAGCUAGUAUUUUAGAAUUCAUGAAGUCAGCUUAGCGCUUUUCAGUACUUUGAUUUGAUUAACCUAGCUAGUAUUUUAGGUUGUGUAACGACUAUAUCCCGUCGUCAUACAAGUACAAAGAGAUCUUUCAGCAAUAAAAAUUAUUCUCAAUCAGUAA